AUGAUGCAAGCUGGGAAGAUCAAGUACGACAAGAGGCGAGAUAGUAUUGCCCGCUGCUCGGUACUUUCGAGACUGAAGAAGAACUGCUCCAAAGAACAUACGACAGCAGAGGCGUCGGCGAUGUACAUAGGCGCCCUCGUUAACACGCACUUGGCCAUGAUUUCGUACGAAAGCUUGAAAACCCGAAUCAGAGUUUGA